AUGGCGCCGAUUUCUACCUCGCCCUCGCGGCGCGGGGGCAACCCGCGCCCGAACCCAGAAGAAGGGAGCAAGGCGGCAGACCUCAAGGGAACCGAAGGCAAGGCGUCGCUCUUCCAGUCCUUCAACCCAUACCACAACGCCGGCGCCGAUGACAUACCAGACGAGGAGGAAGACUACAAGCACGCCGGGUUGAAACCAGCUUUCCCCAAGGACCUCGUCUACGAGCCGUACGAACCGAUCCACGGCGUGCGAGACCGCGGGCUCUUUGCGGACCGCAGCAAAGCGAGCCUGCUCAAAGCCUGCUCGGACGUCACAGACCUGACGGUAAAUAUUGGCACGGAGCUGCACGGUGUCGACGUCCUGUCGCUCUCGCCGGCGCAAAAGGACGAGCUGGCGCUGCUCGUCGCCGAGCGCGGUGUCGUCGUGCUGCGCAACCAAAAGCUGACCGGCGAGCAGCUGCGCGAUUGGGGCCGCUACUUCGGUCCGCCCGAGCGGCCGCUUCACCAGCACCCGUCCAGCGGCGUGCCCAAGCAGCGCGGGCUUGACGAGCUGCACGUGGUCUGGCACGAGGAGACCAUGCGCCCUAGCGAAGCAUCGUACUCGCGCACCGACAUUUGGCACUCGGACGUAACGUACGAGGUCAACCCACCGGGCAUCACUGGGUUAUACAACAUUUUGAACCCAGCCAAUGGUGGCGGCGACACUCUCUUCAGCAGCUGCUACGGCCUUUAUGACGCCUUCUCGCCCGAGAUGCAGACUUACCUCUCGUCGCUGUCCGCCGUGCACUCGGGCCUGGAGCAGGCGGAGGGCGCUGCAGCGGCUGGUGUGCACCUGCGGCGGCCCGGCAUCAAGACGGUGCACCCGCUCGUGCGCACCAACCCGGUGACUGGGUGGAAGUCGAUCUUUGUCAACCCGGCGUUCACGCGGGAGAUUGUCGGCGUGCCCAAGUCCGAAAGCGACGCGGUGCUGCGCAUGCUCUACGAGAUGAUGAUAGUCAAUUCAGACUUGACGCUGCGCGUCAAAUGGCAGGAGGGCACGCUUGUCCUCUGGGCGAACGAUUCGACGGUGCACUCAGCCACGUACGACCAUUGGACGCCGGAUCGCAGCUGCCGCCGGCACGCGAUCCGCUUCGCUGCCACGGGAGAGAUCCCUAGCCUGUACCUUCCCGACGGAACCGAAGGCCGGAGUCGUCGAGAGGCGCUCUGGGAGGUCAAUGGCUGGCCUGUCGAAGCUCUCCGAGAAAGGAGGAAGCAAAAGGCGAACGGAGGCUUUAAGGACUGA